AUGGAAUCAGAAGCAUCAUCGAGCCCUUCACAUGUGCUCCCAUCUGCAUCCCAAAUUUCUGAGUCAUUGCUUGAACUACACAGGCAGCUUCCUUCUACCGGACUCGGCCUUGAUGCUGCCAAACAACAUCUGACGAAAGACGUAGCUCCUGCCCUCAAUGCGAACAGCCAAUCCUCCCGCUACUAUGGCUUUGUGACUGGAGGCGCAACUCCUGCUGCCGUCUUCGCCGACAACAUGGUUACCGAGUACGAUCAGAACGUCCAAGUACAUUUGCCCAAUGAGACUAUAGCCACGGAUGUCGAAGCUGCAGCCCUGGACAUGGUGUGCGACUUGGUUGACCUAGACCCUAAGGCGUGGAACCACAGAACCUUUACUACUGGCGCUACUGCAAGCAACGUUCUCGGCCUUGCUUGUGCUCGCGAGCAUAUCAUCAAGACUGCGGCGGCGCGCAAUGGUGUUACCGCAGAUGUUUCGUCUCAAGGUCUUUUUGGUGCUAUGCAAGCUGCUGGCAUCAACAAGAUUCAGAUCCUGACUACUAUGCCUCAUAGCUCGCUCAGGAAAGCAGCAUCAAUACUUGGUCUUGGACACUCUAGUGUGAGAGAUAUGGGCAACCAUGCAGCUCACGCACCGCAUCGAUUUAAUCUACAUGCUCUGGAGUUAGCAUUACAGGAGAGCCAAAACACUGCUUCGAUCAUCUCGAUAUCUUGCUCUGAAGUUAACAGCGGCCUGUUUGCUACCGAAGCGGAUGACAUGCUUGCUUUGCGUAAACUGGCUGAUCAAUACGAUGCUUGGUUACACGUAGAUGCAGCAUUCGGUCUUCUCGUUCGAAUCCUCCCAUCCAAACCAGAAUACGAACUUCUGAAACGCGGUGUGAGCAACCUCGAACUCGCAGACUCGAUAGCUGCAGACGCACACAAGCUCUUCAAUGUGCCCUAUGAUUGCGGUAUCUUUCUCUCGCGUCAUUUGGAUCUUGCCACGGCUGUAUUUCAAAACCCGGGUGCACCAUAUCUGAAUGCUGCUGCCGGUAGUGUACCUUCGCCACUCAAUAUCGGCAUUGAGAACUCGAGACGAUUUAGAGCACUGCCAGUAUAUGCGAAUAUGGUCGCAUAUGGCCAACAAGGAUUUGUCGAUAUGCUUGAGCGACAAAUUAAACUUGCUCGUACGAUUGCUGCAUAUAUGCAUGCAAGUGAUGCUUACCAACUCUUGCCUCCUUUGGAGCAGCAAGACGAUGCCACCUACCCGAGUAUCUUCAUGAUUGUCCUGUUCAGAGCGGUGGACACCGACCUAAACGUAACAUUGGUACGGAGGAUCAAUGCCACGAGAAAAAUUUACGUAUCAGGGACAUCUUGGCAAUCAGAGCCAGCAUGUAGAUUCGCCAUCUCGAACUGGAGGUCCAGCGUUGAAGAAGACUGGGAUGUGAUCAAAGAGGUUCUGAACGAUGUAGCUGGUGGCAAGAUGCUUGAAUUAACCCCUCCUCGGUCGUGGUUCAAUCAGCAAAUACAAUCUCGCGUUCCAUCAUCUCCAUCUGGUGUUUGUGUCGCGCCUUGUUCAAUCUCCUGUCUCAUCAACGCACCUAAGCUCUCCACCACCAACCCUCUCUGUUACCGUGUCUCAUCUCGCGUGUCUUAG